AGAAAUCAAUAUUUAUUCCGAAGCUCCGGGAAAACACCACUCACAUUCGUCUUUACUGUUAUUCCUUGUAAAAACAGCAACGGGCACGAGGACUCUCGUUCCACAUAUUAAAUAAAGAAAAUACGCGUUGUUUGUGACCAAGUGUAAAGACAAACAUUUAACUUUGACCUUCAAUUUGCGCGUUAAAUGAAAUGAACGGAAAAGCCUGAUCAAGAUUAAAGGAAAAGUGUUAACCUUUUUGCUUGAUUAUUUAUUUGCUGAUUUAUUAUGCGUUCUCUUGCCGCUGUGCGUGGGGUAGAUCCCUUGCCUGAAAUAUCAUCUGCAUUGCAACGGCAAAGUGACGGCCCCGACGCCGACAUGGCCGGCGCUCAAGAUACCAUCUACUUGUGCAAUUUCCGUGUUUCUGUGGACGGCGAAUGGCUUUGCCUCAAGGAACUGCAUGACAUGGAAAUGCAAGAUUCCUACAUAAGGCCUUCCGACAACGGUGCCAUCACUUCACCCGAUGAUCCGAUGCAUUCUUUGAUGGCUCGCGACCCAGUAGUGAUUGAGCGCAGUAAUCUCGUAAACAUCUCUAAACUUAUUGUGAAGGAAUUAAUUGAACAAUCGCUCCGUUAUGGGCGAAUGCUCGACAGUGACCAUUUGCCGUUACAUCACUUCUUUAUUGUGCUCGAACAUGUUAUGCGUCAUGGCCUUAAACCAAAAAAGGGACUUCUUGGUCCUAAAAAAGAAUUGUGGGACAUCGUGCAGAUGGUUGAAAAAUACUCGCCGGAGGCAGCUGAUAUUACGGCGAGUGUUAGAGAUCUGCCGACUGUUAAAACCGCCAUGGGUCGGGCUCGUGCCUGGCUGAGACUUGCAUUAAUGCAAAAGCGUCUCGCUGAUUAUCUAAGGAUUCUUCUCGAACACCGCGAGGACACAUUGGAGGAGUACUUCGAACCACACGCGCUAAUGUUAAAUGAGGAAGCAGUUAUCAUAACUGGUUUAUUGGUCGGCCUUAAUGUAGUGGACUGCAACUUGUGCGUUAAGGAAGAAGAUUUGGACAGCCAACAGGGUGUAAUAGAUUUCUCGCUCUACCUUCGCGGUAGCAACUCGUCUAACGACUUGGCCGGCGCUGAGAACAACUCCAACAAUGAACCCAAGCAGCGGCACAUCAACACAAUGCUAGACCAAAAGAAUUACAUCGAGGAGUUGAAUAGACAUCUCAAUGCCACCGUAGCGAAUCUGCAAGCUAAAGUCGAAGGGUUGACCACAACAAACGCACUCAUGAAAGAGGAUUUGGCGAUUGCUAAGAACACCAUGAUUCAACUCGUAGAAGAGAACAAUCAACUGAAACACGCUCUGGGUCAGGAUCUAACCAAAGAUACGAGGAUGAAAGUGACUGAAUUACAAGCCGAUGAAGAGGAAAAACGCAGCGUUAAAAGUACGACAUCGGAUAAAUCUAAAAAUGACAAGGAUAGUGAGCUUGGAAAAAUAUUGGAGGAAGAGAGAAAGAAAUAUGUCGAAAUGCAAAAAGAAUUGGAUUUACAGAUUUCGCUGAAAGCUGAGAUGGAGGUCGCGAUGAAAUUGUUGGAGAAGGACAUACACGACAAACAAGACACAAUAAUAUCCCUAAGGAGGCAACUGGACGAUAUAAAACUCAUCAAUCUAGAAAUGUAUAAGAAACUACAGGAAUGUGAAAGUUCCUUGAAACAUAAAACAGAGCUAAUAACAAAAUUGGAAGCAAAGACUGAAUCAAUGGGCAGCACCAUACAUCAACUUGAUGAAAAGUUGCAGGAAGAUAAAUUAGCUAGAAAAGGUUUGGAGGAAAACGCUCGCACAUUAGGACAGAAGGCCGCCGCCGCUGAGACCAGAGCGGUCGCGGCCGAAGGGGACCUCAGGAUAGAGCGGGAAUGGAGGAUAUCGCUACAAGAAUCAAUGAUGCGUGAUCGUGACAAAAUAUCUAUGUUAACACAAGAAGUAGAAUCUAUGAAAUUAAUUGGACAGAAAUAUCUCGCCUUACAAGAGGAACAGCAUAUUCUCAAGAAUCAAUAUAGUGAGGCGCAAAAGACUUUAGAAGAGGUUGGAGCUACUUUAAGUGAGAACAAACUGCAGUUAGCAGAAUUAUUGGAAAAAGAAGCGAAAGCAGGUACGAAUGAAGAAACUCCAACAUGGACCAGCGAUAAGGAUGCUACGGCGUGUACAGCUUGCUCCAAAGAGUUCAAUAUCACGAGGCGGAAGCAUCACUGUAGGAAAUGCGGUCUAAUAUUUUGCGCGGCAUGUAGCGACAAAACUGUGGCAUUAGCUGGCAACACCAAACCUGUUCGAGUGUGCGACGCGUGUUACGCAGAAGCCGUGAGGCUCACAUAGUAGUUAGUUCAAAUGUAAUUAAUUAAUAUACACGAUGAGUUCAAAUUGACUGUAGACAACAAACAAAAUAAUGUUAAUUUUGUGUUCGCAUAUUAGUGCCUUUGGGACAACAUGUUAGUGUUUCAAAAUAGCUCAAUUAAUGUUAUUAUUUACAUCCUUAGGUCGACGCCAUGUAGAAUGUUGAUUGAUUCAGUGUUUUUAAUUUGCGUAAUUAAAGUCAAUCAUGAAAUUAUAAAGGUAUUUGUGACGAAGAGUAUUACAAAAUAAAAAAGAACCUUUUCAAAAUGUUAUAUAGUCAAAUAUACGAAUGCUGUGAUACGGACACCACUUAGUGGUAGACUAAACAAAUUAGUUACAAUAAUUUUGAUUGCCUAUACCGGGUAUUAGUUUAAUUAGGCGUUCCGGGCCGUCUUGACCUCAUUGGGCGCCAAAUUACAAAAAUCAGCGUGCAACCCCCUUACUAAUAAAAAAAUAUAUACUUAGGGGCCUUAUUACGUCUACAGGGGCCAAUCCUACUUUAAAAUUUCGGCCGUGCUGAUCAAAGGACAGCUUUAAUAACAGUUUAAGUAAAUAGCAGAUUUUUUUCCCCUUUACUCAUAUGGCUAUUGGCGGUCAAAGGUGACCUUUAAUUAGAACAUCCUUAAUUGCAAUACGCCCUCGGUGACGGAAUAGGACGCCUGAGUCUGACUAUAUGACCCCUUAAUUACAAAGUUCAGGCAAAAAAACUUCUUUUGCCAGGGACUUUUGCCUUUUUUGGUGGGUGAUCGAUUUGCACCUCCUUGCCUUUGGUCCCUUCGCCCGGUUGCCACGCACCCCUUGGACCCUCGGGUAAAGACAGCCCUGGAAGCGAAACUCCAAAGAAGUGUAAUAAUAUAGUACUACCCCACGAUAUACGAAUUAAUUUUGUUUCUUACAAUGUUAUGACAAAUUGGUUUUCAUCUCGAAGAUCAAUGAACUCUUACUUCUACAAAGGGUGCAAUUACGAUAUGGGAUUUUAUUACAGGCAAGAGCCUGUGAUCCUAGAGACAAUUUUAUUCAUUUGUGGGAGCACUUACCAAUUACACUUCAUGUAAAAUAUUAUUAAAAUGUUUUAACUUUUUAAAUUAAUACCCGGUAUAUUUGUCUUAGAUUUACUUCGGAAUUUGUAUCAGUCAAUUUAUACGAUAUUUAAAAUGUGACGUAAUAAUCAGCGUCUUCUUUUGAUUCUACGACAUUUUUAUCUCGAACAUUAAUAAUGAAUUAUAAUUUAACUUUGACACAGAACUGUGAGAAAAUGUUUACCUGUUUCGCAAGUUUUAAGUAAAUUUUAUUUGACAGUUAUCAUAUUAGCUAAUGUAGAUAGUACUCAUUAUAUUACCAUUUAUUUGGGGGCAUAAAUUAGAGUGUGACUUUUGUAUUUGGUCAGCUUAUACAUUUAUGGGGCGAGUAAAUUUUACUCAAAAGUUGUGAAACCGGCCCAUAAAGUAGUCUGAGGCUGUUAUUUAAAAUCAUUAAUAAUUUCAAUAAUGUCACGACUUUUUCAACAAAUUAUAGGAAUCCAAUUGUUUAUUCGAAUUUCCAGUUAAUAUGUAGAGUUCAGGAAUCUAUCUACACGACAUCUAGGCUCUAUUAUAAACUAAACAAGUAAUUUCUGUUAACUUGUAUUCGAUUAUCGUAGACGCAAAUUUCUGUGGGUGUACAACUGAAAGUCGAAGUCGGAUAACCGAAACAAUAAUCUCUACCUCUUGUGCAAAUCAAGCUUAAUAGACGAUAUCUGCUUUCUCAACAUCGAACGCCUUUCGAAACUGAUCCAUCGAACAAUUAAUUUUCGGGUGAUAGAUAUUUAUUGCCGUUUUAUUUCUACAUGUAUGUUUUGCAUCAUGGUAAAACAUUGCUUUAAACAUCUGCCAACAUAAUACAAUCGCUAGUUUUUUUUUUAAUUUGACAUGGUUUAAGGUUAGAAUUUGUUACGUUAACGCAAUAAAAUAAUAUGCUAGGGCCACAUUGAUCUCUAAUGGCAUUAAAUUUCGCAUAAAUC